CACAUAACUGGUACUUUAUGAGUGAAUAACCACUUACUGUUUUUGUCUGGGGAUUCAGGUUAACGAAGUUAAUGUAAAAUAAAAGCUCCUAGCAGGUUAUCUGACUGGAGACUGGCAUUAAUGCGUGUUUCUCUUGGGGUUUUAAUUUAUUCCAAAAGUUGUCAAUUACAGAAGAGAAGCCUUUGCUUCUGAAAAUAGUAACACCUCAGAUGGUGUAACUUUUGUUCCUGAGAUUUCUCAUGUUGCUGAUUAGUAUACAAUCACAUUUGUUGAUCCAAAAUAGAAAAUAUGUGGAGACCUGAAGGCCCGUAUUUAUUGGGAGGGUUUUUUUUUUUUUUUUUUAAUAUACCUGUCUUCAGGUUCACAGUGUACCUAACUUUGUUUUUGUCACAGUUGCUAUUUAAAAAUCAGGCUCUUUGAGAUAGUUCAAGUUCAGUAGAUCUGCAUCCUCGUAUGUACCAGCUAACCUUUCUCCCCUUUUUCCUGAUUAUACUCUAAGGCUUUUUUCUUAUUUCACACAUUUCCAUUCAUUUUCUGCUUUUGCCCUUCUCAUGCCAGCCUCACAGAUACAUGGUCUCGUUUUGUGUGUUCAUCACUAGUUAGCGUCCUCUUUCAGUUCAAGGUAGUCCGGAGCUCCUAUAUCACCACUUUGAUUUCUUCAGUUGUCACGCACUCUCUCAAGCGGUUUCCAUCACCUAGCCAUCAGAGGCAGCUGCUGUUUUCAUCCCAGGAGCUACAUAUUGAAGACAAUGUCUGGAAGCUUCUACUUUGUAAUUGUUGGCCACCAUGAUAAUCCAGUUUUCGAAAUGGAAUUUUUGCCAGCUGGAAAAGCAGAAUCCAAAGAUGAUCAUCGUCAUCUGAACCAGUUCAUAGCUCAUGCUGCUCUCGACCUUGUAGAUGAGAAUAUGUGGCUAUCGAACAACAUGUACCUGAAAACCGUGGACAAGUUCAACGAGUGGUUUGUUUCGGCAUUUGUUACUGCAGGUCAUAUGAGAUUUAUUAUGCUUCAUGACAUAAGACAAGAAGAUGGAAUAAAGAACUUUUUUACUGAUGUUUAUGAUUUAUACAUAAAGUUUGCAAUGAAUCCAUUUUAUGAACCCAAUUCUCCUAUUCGAUCAAGCGCUUUUGACAGAAAAGUUCAGUUUCUUGGGAAGAAGCACCUUUUAAGUUGAAUCUGGAAAAGUUUGGAAAUACACAAUGUCACUACAAUGGGGUAUUCUCAGGAAUGUGUACGUUGUAAGUAACUUAAUUAAAUAGCCUGGAAAAGUUUUACUUCUAGUCUAAAUUUAUCUAAACUUAAUGAAGUUUCUUGUAUAUUUCAAAACAGUACAUUCAGUUUCUUAUGAUUAUCAACAGAUCAAUAUUUGCUUGUGAAUAGUGUUACUUAUAAACUCUUUAUAACCUUGAAAAUAUCCUUAUUCUAAAAAUUAAGAAUGAGCUUUUGACUUUACUCAUUCAGAUAGUUUGAUCUUGAUGUCACGAUCCAGAACCAAAUGUCAUUGUCAAGAUUUUGCUAGACAGAUUUAAACCUAAAAGUCUCUGCAGUAGGGAAUGAAAUUGAUAGCAUGUACAUGGGCUUCUAUACGUCUAGAAAUAUUGUUAUAAAAAUCACAUAGGCAGUAUAUAUAACACUACUCAAGAAGCCGAAGCAAGCAGCUUUUGCAGUGCCAAAUGCCACGAAGCCCCCCUCUGUCAAAGACUGGGAAUAGUGAUUCUGCUAAAAAUCUAGAAUCCUAGAUCCAUAUUUGUAAAAUGGGAAGCUGGGACCAAAGUGACAGGUUAUGUUCUUAUAUUGCCUUUCCUUCAGACAGUAAACUGAAAGUUAAGUGAACCUGUUGAUAGUUCUACUAGUAAAAAGGUGGAAAUCUGGAACUGUAAACAAAAGUUUAUAUUAACAUUUGCAUUCUUGGCUUUUUUAGGCUGUAUACCAAGGGGUGGGGAGUGGCCUCCUGUAACAAGUGGGAUCUUACUAUAAACUACUAAAUGUCCACUUAAAAAACAAGUACUAUAACCAGAUAUUUUCUGUGCUAAUUGUGAGCACUCAAUUUUGUUCCAUCCUGAACAACUUGAGCAAAUCAUUCCAAGUUUGGUAUCAGACCCUUGUGUGAAGUUGGUGUCAUAAUUGUUUACCCCAUUUAUUUAUUUGAUUUCUUAAAUAAAGAUGCUUGUCCAAGA